UGAAUGAAUGAUGGAGAAAGAAACUAAUAUAUUACUUUUGCUUAAACUAUUGAUUUAUGGACGAUUUACUUUACGAAGACAAAACACCGUGUUCAUAAACACAGUGGCACAGUAAAGUCUCUAAACAUUAAAGUGCAAUGUUAUUGAAACAAGCCCAUGUUUGUCCUUUUUGUUACAAAUCCCUCUAAUAAUGGAUGCAAAUUUGUACAAACAGCUUUAAGCCAAAAAAAAAGGAUAAGCCAAAAGUAAACGAGACUUUACUUACGAGUCUAACAAGAAGACUCCCACUGAGCAGAUGGACGAUUCUGUUUCUGGGAGGAUCCCAGUUUGUUAUUCUGCCUUAAACUAGUUUUUUGAUAGGAAUCCAGCGAGAAGAAGAAAGAGCUGGACAGCGUUUCUCUUUCCCCAAACACAAAAGAAAGACUGAUCCUGUGCAUCAGGGAAACAACUCUUUGACCCAGGAUCAACCAAGAUGAACCAAACAGAGAGCCAAACCAAGAACAAACCCAGGGUAUUCCAGUCCCUUUGGUCCAGCUCCAAUAAACCCUCAACUGCAUCAUACUGCUCCCUGUUUAGCGACUGUAUUCAUGUAGCUACAUCCAGGACCUGUGAGUAUCUUCACUUCACAGACCCAGAUAAGAAGUUCUGGCCAAGCGGAGCGGUCCUGCGGGAGAUCUUCCUAAUGAAUUACAUCCAGCGCAGCUUCCAGCUGAACCUUACCAAUACCUUCAGCUGCACUGUGAUGAAUCAUGGACAGAGGUUCCUUUUAGGGACCGAUUGGGUCUGGGCUGUGCUGGACCCAACCAGUAAAAACCCCAGAAUCCAGAUUGCUGUGCAGGUCCUACACCUUGCAGAGAACACUCAGGAGGAUUUUAAGGAACAUUCCAGCCUAGAGAUAGAACCGUUUCAAGGGACCAGAGCUGAAAGACUGGUGGAGUUCUGUGCUGGAAUUGGGAGGAGCUGCUUUGCUUUGUUCCUCUUCUUUGGAAAUACGAAGAAUCCUGGGAACAUCUGCGGACUGCUGAGUAACAACCUGCAUCAGGCCCUUGGGAAGUGCGUUAGAAUUGAUCAGAAGUUUAUUGAGGGGUUUUUCAAAGGGGCCAAGGGUUUUGUUACUGCCACUGGGAUGCUGCAAGCGGUGGCUAGUAAGAAGGAUAAUGACCCUCUCACCAUGCUUGUCAAGUUCACAUAACGUUAUAAGACUCAUGUUCACCGUCAUCAGCUGCUUUUGCUAAUUACACAUGCCAAAACUGAGGACCAUUGGGACAGACAGACUUAUAUUUUCAUAGUUAUUUCACAAUGCUUUAUGAUUUAUUUACUUUUGGACAUUAGACAUAUUCACACACACACACACACACACACACACACAGAGACAUACACACACACCCAGACCCACACACAUACUCACACACACACACACACACACACACACAUACACACACACCCAGAC